CCGUAGUUCCUGAACCAACUCUCUACUUGCAUGUUCGAGGAGAUAUAGCCUUCAUUGUCCACUUUCAUGCGUUAUAUUCGUCCCUUCCACGUCCGCAAUCCCUCGAAUCGGCCUCCCAACGCGUUAGCGUAGCGACAACGAGCCUUGAAUCCUACCCCGCGAAUCAGCCUUGCGAAUCUCCAAGGAUCCAUUCUACGUAUUUGGAAAGACACAAGAGAUGUUGUCUGGGUUAGAGGAGCCAGAUUGGGUUCGUUUUGGGGUGGAGAUUAUGCCUAUAUCAGCCACGAAUGCAAAAGUAAGGUCUAGGAGGCGAUCCGCCAUCCCCGAACCUGAUCAAGUCCGUGGAGAACGGUAUUACAAUGAGGGGAAAUACAAAGACGCGGAACGUCUCUUCCGACGGGUAGCGGGGACACGAAAGAAAGAGCGCGGCAGACUCCAUGAAGCAACUCUGUACACUCAGCACUGGCUAGCGUGCAGCCUUUUCGGGAAGAAGUCUUAUGAAGAAGCUGAAGAGCUAGCACGAGUGCUGGCUCAAAACAGAGAAGAUACGUUUGGCAAAGAAGAUAAGGGCGCUCGUAGAGUAAGAGCCCUCCUGGCGUACUCGCUAUUCAUGCAGGGGAAGUAUACAGAGGUAAAAUCUGGAUGGGGGAAAGUUGUUCGGCGGCACUCUAGGGUACUUGGGAAGACACAUGAAGAGACUCUCAGCGGCAAGAUCUUGCUGGGAGCGACACUUAGGGGGCUGGAGGAGUUCCAGGAAGCAGAAAUUGUUCUACGAGAGGUGAAGGAAGAAAGUGAAAACGCUUUCGGAAAGCAGAGCGUCUACGCGAAGAGGAGCAAUUUCCAGUUAGGCUUAGUGUUAUUAGAUCGAGAGCAAUGGCAAGAAGCAGAAGCGAUAUUCCGAGAACUUGCCAUCGACGUAGGGGGAGGGAGCCGGACCGGGCUUGAACUUUUCAACGGCCUUGCAAGGUCUCUCCUGGGCCAACGAAAUUACGGAGAGGCAGAGGAGAUCUUCCGAGAACUAGUGGGGUUUUGGGAUAAGUGGCACAAUGAUCGUUCUUGGUCGGACCAUAACAAACUAUGGCUAGCUGACGCACUCUGGGCGCAACGUCGGUACAAAGAAGCAAAAUCACUCUGCCGCGAAGUCCUAGAGCAGGACAUGGAAGAAACCUACCACAAUCCCUACGAUAAGGGAGAAGCGAUGGCCGAGAACAGAGCGCGGGCCGAUAAACUCCUGCAAAGAGUCCUAGAGGGGGAGAGAAUUUCAAACAUUACACUUAAGCCAUCUUCCCUUGUCGGAGGUCCGGACGCCGCCACUCAAAUUAUAGAAGGCAGAUUACGAAGUCUGUGCCUCGAAGCAGAAGAUGCGGGCACCUACACCGACGCCCAGAUACUCGAGGUAUCUUCUCUCCUGGAGCGCUUCAACAUGCACUGGAGCUCGACCCCUAGAACAUACAUCAUCCUUUGGAAACUUGGCCUGCUAAACCUUAUCGACGACGUGAUUGAUACUGGGUUCUCGGACUUCCACCUCCCCGUCACUGAAAGGGGCCUGCCGUCCUUCAUCGCCCCGAAUGAUCGGCGUAGAUUUGUGGCUACGCAAGGUCUCGUCCUGACACAGUCUAUGGACCUUGAGAAAGGCAAGAACAGCGACCAUUGCCGUUUUGAAGAGCAGACACUGGUCCCUUUUGAAAGACUAGCACUGUUGGGGAGAGGCGGCGACGGGGAAGUAGAUAAAGUGCUGAGUCGUAACACCGCGAGGGUGUAUGCUCGCAAAAUAAUCCCCCGAAGGAAGGUAUUCAGGAAGAAAAAGGAUGUGGAAGAGAUAAUCCGAUUUGAGGAAGAGAUCCGGAUAUUAAAACGUCUGAGUCACCAUCAUGUGGUGCAAUUCGUUGGCAGCUAUACGGACCCAAAGUUCCUAGGCCUCAUCAUGACGCCAGUAGCGGAAAUGGAUCUCUCAAAGUAUCUCUCAGAAGCUAAUUCAUCCAAAUACUCAGAACUCCGAACCUUCUUCGGUUGUCUCGCUCACGGCCUCGAGUACCUACACUAUCAAAACGUACGGCACAAAGACAUCAAGCCCCAGAACAUACUUGUGCACCAGGGGCGCAUUCUCUUCACGGACUUUGGACUCUCUUUCGAUUUCACCGACGCCACCGGCAGUACGACCGUAAGCAUGGUGAAUGGCAUGACACCACGGUAUUGCGCCCCCGAGGUAGCUGAAAGAGAUCCCAGGAACACAUCCUCAGAUAUUUGGAGCUUGGGCUCGGUAUUCCUUGACAUGGUGGUUGCCCUUAAGGGUCGUACGAUCCGGGCCAUGGAAGAGUACCUCCUACAGAGUGGGACUCAAUACCCUUACGUCCGCAUGAACCGUCCGGCCUUCCUGAUGUACCUUACAGACCUCAGAGGGGAUGGGGAUGUGGACGAUAAUAUCGCCACUGAAUGGAUCGAGAAGAUGCUCGAUCCAACGCCCUCCGCCCGUCCGACUGCAGCGUCGCUGGUGGGAAGUAUUGAAGACUGUCCAAAGUUCUACGGCGUAUGUUGCGCCGCUUGGGAAGACGAAGGAUCGAUUAUCGGUUGAUUGCGUGGGGUAGGGAUGCAGAAGAACAUUUGCUUGCCCCUUUCGAAACACGGAUCCCAAAGUUGGUAGGGAUAAGAUAUUAUGAUAUCCGGAAUUUUCCUUGGAUUGCGGAGACGUUGGGGUCGCGGCGGAACUAUGAGCAGUGUUUGAUAGAUUUGGGGAGCAUUUUUCAUCUAAACCCUUCUGGAUAUCCAUAUCCUGCGGAACAACCGAGAAUGAUGAUGCCAUAGGGGUCUUUCUGAUUUAUUACAACCAGACUUGGGAUGGAAGAGAGCCCGUUUUCUGUAGACUAGAGGAUAUAAUGGCCGUGCUCAUUGCGGAGGUUCCUUCGCGCGAAACGCAAUGGCAUGGAUGCGCGUAGAGACAAUGUAGCUGGAUUUCGUUCUUCCUAUUGA